GUUAGCUCCUGUUCUCCACCGUCAUCAUGGCUCACUUCGACGACGACUUGGACGAGCUCCUGGACUUUGAAGAGGUGAAGAUUGACAGACUACUCGAGGAUACUGCAAGCCAGUGGAAUUCCGCUUGUCGUUUUCGGUCAGGACGCUCUGGCAUUUGACGAUUUCGUCCCGAACUUUUUCGACCUUACCAUUCUCGUUCCAUGCGACCUCGUCCAGACCUCUGUCGACGUUUUGCAGAGACAACUCCCUCAGUGUCAGGUCACCCAGGAGAGGGACAACACCAUGAUGAACCGCGAUGGAACCUGUGCACUCCCUCGUGCAGUCAGACUUCAAGGGCACCUCUCGAAUGUCAUCCCAACGUUUAUACACGAACCAGGGAAGAUACUGAUAGUUCCUCAGUCCCAUUUCCAUUUCGAUGUGAACGAUUCUACGCGGACGCACGGUCUCAUCUCCCCGUUCGACCCUAGCGGCGAACCUAUUCUUUUUCCUACGGUGCCAGCGCUCCUCGAUGCAGUCAUCGAUACCUUGUUUGAACCAGUUGACGGCGUCUUUCACUUUAAAUUUCAAGUAUACCUUUCGGCAUUCUUGAGCGAUCUCGUGCACAAUACUAUUACGUCUGACGAAGAUGGGUCUGACGAAGAUGGACCUCUCGAUCCCGACACUGGGGAGCUCCUACCAGCUGCGAAGGAGCUGUUGGACGGACUCAAGCCAGAGAAUUCCAGUUUUUUGGAAACAUUUAUGCGGACUGGCUCAAUCGGGGUGACCCCUGAAGUCAGAGCCGAACGCGCAAGUCUCAAGAGUGCCUGUAUGCCUAAACAAUCCAUUAAAAAUAGCCUCUCUCUCUCCAAUAAGACUCCUCGUAACACUCCAUUUCCUCCCAAAUAUCAAGAAGGUCAUCAAACACCAGCCGGUGGAACUGUUGGGAACAGACCACUCCACUCUCGCUCCUUCUCGCAGUAUCAUCGACCACCCCCUCGCCCACUUCUUUUUCAAUCAAUUUUCCGCAUGCUCAACGCCAAGAAACUUCUUACUCGUUAACUUGUCUAAAUCUUGGAGUACAGACUGUACUUACAGUGUCGGUCUAAUUGGAGUCAGUCGUGUGUGCCAAACACGAACAAAUUCUCCUCUGUUCGACCGCCGCUCACAAUUGCAAACUUUUCAUACAUAAAGCAAUAUAAUGACCUAAACUGUCCAUACUUAUAGCCUCACGGUGCCAGGUAUAGAAAUCAUUACGAGCGAAGAAUCCUU